CUUGUAUGUAUUUAUGGCAAUGUGUCUCCAGUCCGCUAGGUGUCAGUAAAGAGACGCGGUGUUCUUAACAGCGCUUCCGGUCUCCGGCGGCCAUCACGCUUCUGUCAUUGCGGCGGCUUGAUCCUUGAGCAGAGCAGAAAGAUGGCAGGGCGACGUGCAGCUGUUAAGGCCAUUGAUUGGCUGGCUUUUGCCGAAAGGGUCCCACCAAACCAGAGAGCCAUGUUCAACAGCCUGAAGACCCGCAGCGAUGCCAUUUCAGCAAAACUUACGUCUUUGCCAGAGAAACCAGCUGCAAUUGACUGGAGUUUCUACAGAAGCGUUGUAGCCAAACCAGGCAUGGUGGAUGAGUUUGAGAAGAAGUUUUCUGCAUUGAGCGUCCCUGAACCAGUGGAUACUCAAACUGCAAAGAUUGAUGCACAGGAGCAGGAGGCUAACAAGAAGGCUGCAGUCUAUCUGGAAUCAUCUAAAGCUCGUAUUGCAGAGUAUGAAAAGGCGCUUGGGAAGUUCAGGAACAUGAUUCCAUUUGAACAGAUGACCAUUGAAGAUCUCAACCACACCUUCCCAGAGACCAAGCUGGACAAAGUCAAACAUCCAUACUGGCCACACAAGCCUAUUUCUGAACUGUAAUUUAUUAGCAGUGCCUAUGAGCUUUGUAUAGUCUGGUCUACUAUGGAAGUGAUUCCAAUCGUAAAAUGACACGUGUGGUUCCAAUAAAAAUAUGUUGUUUAAACAA